AUGAUUUCCUCCAAGAUGUUGAGCUCCAAUCCUGAUGAAGAUCCCUUGGACACAUUUCUCCAGUAUAUUGAGGACAUGGGUAUGAAAGCCUAUGAUGGCUUGGUUAUUCAGAAUGCAUCAGACAUUGCUCGAGAGAAUGAUCGCUUGAGAAAUGAAACAAACCUUGCUUACUUGAAGGAGAAGAAUGAAAAACGCCGAAGGCAAGAAGAAGCAAUAAAACGCAUAGGUGGGGACGUGGGUCGAGGCCAGGACCCGUGGUGCUACUCGGGCAAGCACUGCAUGGGCUUCAUGACGAUGCCAGCGCCUCAGGAGCGACUUCCCCAUGCCUGCUCCAGUGGAUUUUCCGUGAGGUCCCAGUCCUUGCACUCCGUCGGGGGCACGGAGGAAGAGAGCAGCUGUGGCUCCCGGAGACAGCCCCCCCCCAAACCUAAGCGGGACCCCAGCACCAAGCUGAGUACGUCUUCAGAGACGGUCAACAGCACCAGCACGAUGGCCCAAAGCAGCGGGAAGGCCCUGGAAGAGGCAGAAGUGCCAACCAAACCCAGACCCCACAGCGAUGAAUAUUCCAAGAAGAUUCCUCCUCCCAAACCCAAGCGUAACCCCAACACCCAGCUCAGCACCUCUUUCGACGAGACUUACAUCCGUAAGCACGGGGGACCCCGGAGGACCUCGCUGCCCCGCGACCCAUCCCUCUCGCAGGUCAGCACCCCCACAGGGGACCCUGAUGAUGAGGAACCCGUGUACAUUGAGAUGGUGGGCAACAUCCUGAGGGACUUUCACCGCGACGAGGAUGACCAGAGCGAGGCUGUGUACGAGGAAAUGAAGUAUCCCCUCUUGGAUGAUCUAGACCUCCAUGGCUGCACCUCGCAGUGUGCCACACCCACGGUGCCCGACCUGGACUUUGCCAAGGCUGGGGUACCCUGUCCUCCCGCAAAGGGGUUGCUUUGUGACAUCCCGCCCCCUUUCCCCAACCUGCUGUCACACCGGCCUCCUCUGCUGGUGUUCCCUCCCGCACCCGUGCAGUGCUCUCCCAAUUCUGACGAAUCCCCCUUGACCCCUUUGGAGGUCACCAAACUCCCUGUGCUGGAAAACGUAUCCUAUAUGAAACCACAAGCAGGAGCGUCUCCCUCAUCCUCACUGCCCUCGCACCCGACAUCUGGACACCCCAAACUGGAUAAAGAGCCAGCUGUGCUCUCAUCCUCGCCACCCCCACCUGCCACUCUGUACCGAACGCAGUCCCCGCACGGAUACCCCAAAAGCCACUCGGCCUCUCCGUCUCCCGUGAGCAUGGGCAGGUCCCUGACUCCGCUGAGCCUCAAAAGGCCGCCCCCCUAUGAUGCGGUGCAUGCAGGUAGCUUGUCCCGGAGUUCUCCAUCAGUGCCUCAUGUCACUCCCAGACCCGUGUCUCAAGACGCCAGCAAGAUGGUCAGUGUGUCAGUCGGUACCUAUGGCUCGGCAGGCCCGGGCGGAUCCCGGUCCCGAACACCUACCAGUCCCUUGGAAGAACUCACCAGCCUCUUUACCUCGGGCCGCAGCCUGCUGAGAAAGUCUUCGAGUGGCCGCAGGUCCAAGGAACCUGCAGAGAAAUCAACAGAGGAGAUGAAGGUUCGCAGCCACAGCACAGAACCAUUACCAAAGUUGGACAGCAAAGAGAGAAGUCAUCAUGGGGCAGCAUCCAGAGAGCCUAUGAAAGCUCAGGAAUGGGAUGGAACACCAGGACCACCUGUGGUCACCAGUAGACUUGGAAGAUGCUCUGUGAGCCCCACUUUGCUAGCAGGAAACCAUGGCUCAGAACCGAAAGUAAGCUGCAAGUUAGGCCGGUCUGCAUCCACUUCCGGUGUGCCUCCUCCAUCUGUCACUCCUCUCAGGCAAGCCAGUGACCUGCCACAGAGCCAGGUGGCAUGUAUGCAGUGGUUUCAUGGAGACCAUACAAUGCUUGAGAUGAUUGAGAAAAAGCGUUGCUUGUGCAAAGAAAUAAAGGCUAGACAGAAAACGGAAAAGGGCCUUUGCAAACAGGAUAGCAUGCCUAUCCUCCCCAGCUGGAAGAAGAAUUCAGGUGCAAAGAAGUACAGCCCUCCACCUUAUUCUAAACAGCAAACGGUAUUCUGGGAUACUGCCAUAUAACUGUGGAAAAGGCAAGAACUCCAGUUAUGUAACACCAAGAGGGAGUUCGACUUGGGCGUGUGAUAUGUAAACUUACAUAUCUUCUCUGUUGAAGUGGAAUGCCACUGCUUCUCUGGAAAAUCCUGGGAGGCCAUGCCUUCUCAUGGCAAGUUCAAAAUAAAAUGUAUAUUUCCUUGCAACUAAGGCACUCUAUUUACCCCGGAUUAUUUUGAAUCCAGAAGAUAUUAAGAUGUAAAUAAAUAACUAGUUUAUGGGGAAUACAUGAAAUAAUACGCAUUAUACGUAUAUGAAUUACAGAACUGACAAGAGUUUUCCUAUAUGAUAUUAUUUCGGUAUUAACUGGUUUGUUAUCUCUUUUAUAUGUAAUCUUUUGAUGCCUUUCAUUACUUUUGUGCAUUUAAUUUAUUUUCUGUCAACAUUCGGCU